GACGUCUCACCCCAGGCACCUGGGGUUUUUUGUGACUAGUAGUCUUUGGUCUCUUACCUGGGAAGGUAUGUUUUCAAGCUCAGGAAACCAGAGGGUCAUAUUUGAGGAGCAAAGCAGGAUAUUGGCGCUGGAGCUGACUCGGGCAAGGCGAGCAACGUCUAGUGGGCUAAAGUAGCCGUUAUUGUUCAGGUACCCUCCGCGAGGGUUCCCCCGCCCCCGCGAGAUAACAGUCAUAACUACUCAGAAAAGGAUCGUCGGGGCGAUGCUGCCGCUAGCCGACCGAAACUCGGUACUGCGUCUCGGGAGCAGCGCACGCGCGUUGCCAUGCUCGCUGCAGCCGCCCGGCCGCCCAAAUUAGGUUCCGCAGCUCGAGCGCCGCGCACGCGCGGUGGUGCCGCCGUGCUCCGAGCUGUCGCCCGCCGGUAACGGCAAUGCGGUACUGCGGCGCCCGCGAGGCGGUGGUGGUGCCGCCCUCGGUGCUGCCUCCCGGUAAGGAAGCGCCGCCGCCGCACGCGGUAUUAGCGAGCGCUCUGCGCGCAAAACGCCGAAGUGAAGCGCCGGUGCCGCCCCUGGGGCGGGAGCCGCCUGCCCGCUGCUCGCCGCGGCUUCCAGCACCCCCUUUGCUGCCGCUGCCGCCUCGUUGCCGAGAGGGGGUACUGGAGCCCGGCAUUGGCGCGCCGGCUCUGACCUUUCCAGCACGCUGUUGGUGCCCGGGAGCAGCACGGCAGCACGCUGGGUGCGGGUCCCGGUGGUGGCGUACGGCCGGUGAGGCGAGGGAGCCCCUUCAGAUGCGUCUCCAGAAGCCCCUGGAGAAGGAGGGGAUUUGGCCAGGGGCGAUCUACGGCAACAACGGUUGCUGCUGCUUCUUUCCCCUCUCCCAGCGGCUGCAACGAGGACGCAAUUGUCCAUUCCUCCCCUGGGGACGCUGUUGGCUACACCUGCCUCAGGCUUGUGUGGGUUGUGUCUGCCUGGCCUUGCUCUCAUCGGGGCAAAAAGGGACAGAUAGAACGUUUACUGCCUGCGGACAGGAGCUGCCACGGCUAGAGCUGGAGAGGUCAGAGAAAGCUUGGACUUAUCCACAGACUGCAGUCCCUUAGAGGUGUACCUGCUCCAAGUGGAGCCUUAUCGAUGAGGCACAGUCUCUUCUUCAGUGGUAUACCUGCUGUGGCAUAGACUAAUCCACAGUCACUUUGAGGUGCACCUGUUCCAGCAUGGCCUUAUCCACAGUCCACAACGCCUUCAGAGAUAUACCUGCUCCAACAUGGCCUUACCCAUGGCUGCAGUUCCUCCAGGGGCGUACCUACUCUGUUGUGGGCUUAUCUGUGGCGGCACACUUUGAGGUGCUCCAGCGUGACCCCACGCACAGCCACUGAUGCUUCAAGGCAUACCUGCUGCAGCAUGGACUUAUCCACAGCCACAGAUGUUUUGAGGUGUACCUUCUCCAGCGUGGACCUACCCUCGGGCCACAAUCCCUUCGGAGGUAUACCUGCUGCAGCACAGACAUAACCGCGGCCGCAGACGCUUUGAGAUGUACCUGCUUUGGUGUGGAGUUAUUCACAGCCACAGGUGCUUCGAGGUGUCCUGUUCCCACGUGGACUCAUCCACAGGUCACAGUCCCUUCGACUCAAGUUCACACUGGAGUUCCAACUUGUCUAGUAGAGCAGCACGGAAACAGCAGCGAUGCCCUGGCCAUCUGCCAGCCCAGGCGCACAGCCAUUGCUGUUAUCAAAACAUUCCCAGGCACAGUAGAAUAAGAUGAUAAGCAGCAAAAUAAAAAGCCAGCUACUAACGAGCACUUGACUCUAAUAUAUAGUUAAGCCAGCCCCACAGCAAGCACAGAAAUCUGUCAAUUAGUAGCUAAACAGCAAUAACAGCUGUAAAUUCAAUCUAGCACAUUCCAAUUGAAUCUGUCAUUAUCUCAAACCCUUCAAGCCCCACAUUGGGUGCCUGGCCUGUCGUCUUUUCUCUCCUCCCACCCCCCCCGCCCCAUCUCUCCACCUCUGUCCUGUCACUCUCUUCCUCUAUCUGUCUCUAAUGUUUCUUUCUCCAUCUCUGCCCUCCUCCCUGUCCCUUUUCUUUUAUUCUCCUUGUCCUCCAUCCUCCCCCUAGCUUUUUGCCUGUGUAUCUCCAUACCACUGCCUGCCCCAUCAUUUCUCGCUAUACACCCCUGUCCAGCUAGCUGUCUCAUUAUUCCCUUAUGUCCUGCUCCUGGGCCUUUUUUCUCAUCCUGCAGCCCAACGCUGGUUUUUCUUUCUCCAUCUCUUUGUCCUGAUCUGUUUCUCUUCCCUCCCCCUGCCCCCCAUCCCUCCGGCUUGUUCCCUGUCUUUCUCUCUCUCUUUCCCCUUCCUUAUUCCUCUCAUUCAAUUUCUCUCUCAAUCUGUCUGUUCUGCUCCCACUCAUCACUAUCUCUUUCCUUCUGUCCUGCUCCUUGACCCUGUUUGUCUUCUGCCACAUCCCUGCAGGGCUCCUCAUCCCUCUUUUAUUGAUUUCCCCAUCACUGUCCUUUUCCCCUGUGCCUUUCUUUCUCUGUUCCUCAGUCCUUCUGCCUCAUUUUAUUUUUCUGUUCCUCUGUCCUGCUCCCCAUCGCUGUAUCUUCAUUCGCUGUAUCUGCUGCUCCAGUAAUAACUGCUAAGUUGUCCCAGGGAAAGGGUGACAGUACAGGCAUAGAGCCCCAGAGCAGAUUAACUCCUGGGACUUAGAUGCAUUAACAAAUAAAGACUUGAUAUUUCCUUUGUACUCA